UCUGUUAAGUUUGCUGGCAGCAAGUCAAGAAGUUGAAGCAACAAUGAGUCUCUCCGUUAAAGACAAGGCUGCCAUCAAGGCCUUUUUUGGCAAGAUUGGUGACAAGGCUGGGGAUGUUGGCAAUGAGGCAAUUUCCAGGACGCUGGUGGUGUACCCACAGACCAAGACUUAUUUCACCCACUGGAAGGACCUGAGCCCCGGUUCUGCCCAGGUCAGAAAGCACGGUGCAGUCAUUAUGGAAGGCGUUAUGAAUGCCGUGGAAAAGAUGGACGAUCUCAGUGCUGGUCUUCUCAACCUCAGCGAGCUGCAUGCCUUUAUGCUGCGAAUUGAUCCCGCCAAUUUCAAGAUCAUCAACCACAACCUAUUAGUUGCGCUUGCCAUGCUGUUUCCUGGUGACUUCACCCCUGAAGUGCACGUGUCAGUGGACAAGUUCCUGGCUCAACUUGCCCUGGCCCUGUCUGAGAAAUACCGUUAAAGAAAGAAGGCAGAAGCACGUGUUCUUUUUGGUGGUGUCAAUUAAAAUAACAACAUUCAAUAAAUAAAACCCACAGAUCAAAUCUGAAA